AUGACAAGUAAUCAUUAUGAAAAAGAUACUAACAAAAUGCGUUUUUUUGAUGAUGAUGGUUAUCGACAAAGGGCUGCUUGUAUUUGUGUAAGAAGUCAACAUGAAGAUGAAAUAUUAUUAAUAACAUCUCAUCGUGAUAAAUCAUCAUGGAUAUUUCCAGGUGGUGGUGUUGAACCAAACGAAAGUACGAUUGAUGCUGCUCAUAGAGAAUUAUAUGAAGAAGCAGGUGUUAAAGGACGUAUUCUUCGAGAAUUAGGAAUUUUUGAAAAUCUUGAAAGAAAACAUCGAACAACUGUUUUUACUGUUUAUGUUGAAGAAGAAUAUGAUGAUUGGGAUGAUAAAAGAUUAAUUAAUCGACAAAGACAUUGGUAUAAAUUAAAAGAUGCUGCUUCAUUAUUAAGAAUUUAUAAACCAUCUCAAUUAAAUUUUUUGGAACAAUUUAUCUCAACAUCACCUAAUCAUAUUAAUUUACUUCAUCAAAUGUCUUCAUAA